UGCAUUUUCCGGUUUAGACUCUGACGGUGGUGGGACACGAACAGGUAGACCUAUACAGCUUUCACUUGCAUUAUUGAAAAGGCUUCUUUAGAAGACUAGACACAUUCUUAUCUUUCUAUUCAUCUGAACUAGAAAGUAAAAUAAUGCUAAAUGGAAAGGUGGCAAUUGUGACAGGAUCUACAAAUGGGAUUGGCUUUGCUAUAGCACGCCGCCUGGCACAAGAUGGUGGCCAUGUACUUGUGUCUAGCCGCAAGCAAAAGAAUGUGGAUGCAGCUGUAGAGCAACUGAAAAAGGAGGGACUGAGUGUUUCAGGAAUUGUGUGUCAUGUAGGGAAAGAAGAAGACCGGAAGAGACUUGUCACAAAGGCUCUUGAGGAGUAUGGUAAAAUUGACAUUCUUGUCUGUAACGCAGCAGUGAAUCCUUUUGUUGGUCCAAUUUUAGAAACUACUGAGAGUAUUUGGGAAAAGGUAUUUCAAGUCAAUGUGAUCUCCACCUUUCUAAUGAUAAAACUUGUUGUACCUCACUUGCAGAAACAAGGAUAUGGAUCAAUUAUUAUUUGUUCUUCUGCAGCCAGCUAUCUUCCUCUAUCACCUAUAGGUCCGUACUCUGUAUCAAAGGCUGCUUUACUCUGUUUGACCAAAGUUAUGGCUGAUUCACUGCGUCCCAUGAACAUAAGAGUAAAUGGUCUGGUUCUGGGACUGAUAAAUACUACAUUUAGUGAGAAGAUCAGAAUGAUCCCUGAAAUCCACUUGAAGUUAGCUUCGUUUGGUAUUUACAGGCUUGGAAAACCAGAGGAAUGUGGUGGCAUUGUCUCAUUUCUAUGUUCUGAAGAUGCGAGUUACAUCAACGGAGAAAAUAUUGGUGUGACGGGUGGCAUUGUUGGACGACUAUAGAUGGUUUUUCUCAUUAAUGGACUAGUCUAAAAGAAAAAGAAAAUGUAAAUCUAUGUAUGCAAAUUAAGUAUAUAUUAUAUACAUACAUA